GAUGUAAAGAAGACCGCAGAUUUGUGUGGUAUUUCCGUUACAGUCCAUUAUAGAUUUAAUUGCACCUCAUCUUGCUAUUAUUUUUAAUACUUGUAUCGAUUCUGGUGUGUUUCCUGAUUUAAUGAAAUAUAGUAAAGUAAUACCUUUAUUUAAAUCUGGCAGUACAUUGGACCCCGCUAAUUUUAGACCUAUUUCUGUACUACCAACUCUCAGUAAAAAAAAAAUAAAAAAUAAUUUUGGAUCAAUUGUUAAUUUUUUUUAAUAAAAACCAAUUUAGUUUUACAACGGGUCGCUCGACGUCUGACGCCGAUGUUGAGCUUAUGAAAUAUAUUUUUAAUGCCUGGGAGAAUUCACAAGAUGCCUUAGGUAUUUUCCGUGAUCUCUCCAAGGCUUUCGAUUGUGUUCAUCAUGAGACAUUAAUCAGGAAACUACAACAUUACGGUGUAAAACAUUUGGCGCUUAGACUAAUUACUUCAUAUUUAAGUAACAGAACUCAAAAAGUCGUGAUCAAUGGUAAAAGUUCCUCCGGAUCGGUAGUAUCAAUGGGCGUUCCUCAGGGCUCGAUUCUUGGUCCAUUCAUGUUUUUAAUCUAUAUUAAUCACUCGCCUUAUCUUGUAGAGGAGAAUCACGAUAUAGUAUUAUUUACUGACGAUACCUCUUUCAUUUUCAAACUCAAACGGCAGUUAAUUAAUUCAUCAUCAUCAUUACAGCCUUUCAUAAGUCCACUGCUGAACAUAGGCCUCCCCCAAGGAAUGCCACAAUCGAAAUAAGUACAUUGGUUUAACGCCAACAAUAUGCUCUUAAACGGCAAUAAGACAAAGUGUAUUAAAUUUACAAUAUUUAAUGUAAAAAAUUCGAAUACCAAUGUGCUGUUAAAUGGGGAGGAGUUAAGUCUUGUGGAUACCACUGUUUUUCUUGGUAUUACUAUUGACGCGCAACUUCAAUGGGGCCCCAUAUAUCUAAAUUAGCAAGCAGACUCAGUUCUGCAGCAUAUGCUGUAAGAAAGUUUAGAAGUCUCACAGAUGUUGAGACAACUAGAUUAGUGUAUUUUAGUUACUUUCAUAGCGUAAUGUCUUAUGGAAUUUUGUUAUGGGAUAAUGCGACUAAUAUUGAAGCUAUAUUUGUUUUGCGAAAGAGAGCCGUACGGGCGAUUUAUAAACUAAAUUGUGAAGAGUCCCUGAGUCAGAGAAAAAUUUAAAGAAAUAAACGUAUUAACUUUGGCAUCGCAAUAUAUUUAAGAGGAUGUAAUGUAUGUGCAUAAAAACAUAAAUAGCUUUAAUAAGAAUAAGGUUGUACAUACUUCGAACACUACGACUAGGAACAAACAUAAGCUUGUAAUGCCAGUUACUAGACUCCACAGAAUCAGUAAUUCAUUUAUGGGGCAAUUUAAACGCUUUUACAACAAAAUCCCAGAACAUAUUCAAAGUUUGUCAAUAAACAAGUUUAAAAGUUUUAUUAAUGAAAACUGUACAAAAAGGGUUAUUAUAAUAUCAAGGAAUACAUGAAUGAAAAUAACCCCUGGGAAUAAGGUGAUCGCCACCAUGGUGGUUCUAUGAAAAUUAAUUUAAAAUUGUAUAAACAAAAUUAUUGUUAAGUGAAAUUAUGUUUUAAAAAAAGUCCCGCUAGGUUUCUUGCUGGUUCUUCCCAGGACAGAUGUAUUUUCCGAACCAGUGGUAAAUAAAAAAUGACUUUCAAUAAGUAUUAUGUAAUAAUCAAUAUUGAAUAAAAAUUAUUCUAUUCUAUUCUAUUCUAUUGCCACCAAGCAGCAGUAUGUAUCCUAGGCUGAAGGACAUCAAGAGCCAGGCUGUAAUGCAUUACAUCUUAGUCCUCACAGGUAACAUAGUAUCUGUAGCCAUUGCUUGAAGUUCGUUGCAGGUGCCCAUGGUGCCCAUUAGUCACUUACCAUCAAGUAGAUGGUAAGUUUGUCACUUCAAUAUUAUAAAAAAUGAUGUUGACAAAGUGAAAUAUGAUAGCCAAUAGAUUUUAUUACAUAAUUAUAUAUUUAAGUAGUAUUCCAUAUUUAUGAAGAAUUUUCAUAUUUUCAGUUGCAUGAGAAUGAGGGGCCCAUAAUUGUCUGUUUCACCUGUCAUGCAAGACUCAUUCGUUGCAAAAGAUUACAACAACAGGCUAUAGACUCAAAUGUGGUUUUGGAGCAGUUGCUUGCAGGAGGAUCCAUGAUAUCUGGCCUGUAGAGUGUGAUAUAGACAAUGAUUGCAAGGACGAAAUUUUUUGCCUUGAUGCCGUUAAAGUUGAGGAAGAGAUUUUCGAAUAUGAGAAUUCCAAAUUUGAAGAAAAUGAGAAUCAUGAAACAGAACCAUACAUCACACCGACAAAUAAUUUUUCAAAACUGUCUGAGAGGAAGAUUAAAUCAAAUUCUACUGAUUGUAACAUAAACGAUGUUCGUAAAGGAAACCUCGAUUUAGAAAGCCCUACUAUUAAAUCAAAGCCUAAAGUCAAAAAACAUAAACAAUCAAUUAAUAAAAAAGGAAAGCAUCCUGCAAACAUUAUGAAAAAGAAAUUUUUGAAACGAAAGAGUGUAAAUAUGCUUACGAAAAACACGUCAGGGGCAUCAACAAAAUAUAUUUUUGGUUGUUAUGGUUGUAGCAAAAAAUUUUCAACAAAAGACAUUCUCGCCAAACACACUUCAUACAGUCAUAAGACGCAAAAGAACUCAGUCACCACUGCAGUUCAGACACAAGUUGAACACACUCGAGUACCACAACUAACGGAAAUAUUUAAUUGUGAUAUUUGCGAAUUUAAAACAUCUCACAAACGUCGCAUUUUGGCACAUCUUAAAGCGCAUGUUGCUGAACAAGUGUACUGUUGUAAUAAUUGUGAUUAUAAAUGUAUUAAAAAAGAUCGUUUGCAGAGACAUAUGAAAAUACACACUGGAGAAAAACCUUUUUCAUGUAAUAUCUGUGAAUAUAAAUGUAUUAGAAAAGAUGUGUUGCAAACACAUAUGAAAAUACAUACUGGAGAAAAACCUUUUUCGUGUCAUAUCUGUGAAUAUAAAUGUAUUAAAAAAAGUGAUUUGCAUAGGCAUAUGAAAAUACAUACUGGAGAAAAACCUUUUUCGUGUCAUAUCUGUGGAUAUAAAUGUAUUAAUAAAAGUAGUUUGCAAAGGCAUAUGAAAAUACAUACUGGAGAAAAACCUUUUUCGUGUCAUAUCUGUAAAUAUCAAUGUACUCAAAAAAGUCAUUUGCAAUCACAUAUGAAAAUACAUACUGGAGAAAAACCUUUUUCAUGUAAUAUCUGUGAAUAUAAAUGUAUUAGAAAAGAUGUGUUGCAAACACAUAUGAAAAUACAUACUGGAGAAAAACCUUUUUCGUGUCAUAUCUGUAAAUAUCAAUGUAUUAAAAAAAGUCAUUUGCAAUCACAUAUGACAAUACAUACUGGAGAAAAACCUUAUUCGUGUCAUAUCUGUAAAUAUCAAUGUAUUCAAAAAAGUAAUUUGCAAUCACAUAUGAAAAUACAUACUGGAGAAAAACCUUUUUCAUGUAAUAUCUGUGAAUAUAAAUGUAUUAGAAAAGAUGUGUUGCAAACACAUAUGAAAAUACAUACUGGAGAAAAACCUUUUUCGUGUCAUAUCUGUAAAUAUCAAUGUAUUCAAAAAAGUCAUUUGCAAUCACAUAUGAAAAUACAUACUGGAGAAAAACCUUUUUCGUGUAAUAUCUGCAAAUAUAAAUGUAUUACAAAAAGUAAUUUGCAAUUACAUAUGAAAACACAUACUGGAGAAAAACCUUUUUCGUGUAAUAUCUGCAAAUAUAAAUGUAUUACAAAAAGUAAUUUGCAAUCACAUAUGAAAAUACAUACAGGAGAAAAACCUUUUUCGUGUAAUAUCUGUAAAUAUAAAUGUAUUAUAAAAAGUAAUUUGCAAUCACAUAUGAAAAUACAUACUGGAGAAAAACCUUUUUCGUGUAAUAUCUGCAAAUAUAAAUGUAUUACAAAAAGUAAUUUGCAAUCACAUAUGAAAAUACAUACUGGAGAAAAACCUUUUUCGUGUAAUAUCUGCAAAUAUAAAUGUAUUAUAAAAAGUAAUUUGCAAUCACAUAUGAAAAUACAUACUGGAGAAAAACCUUUUUCGUGUAAUAUCUGCAAAUAUAAAUGUAUUACAAAAAGUAAUUUGCAAUCACAUAUGAAAAUACAUACUGGAGAAAAACCUUUUUCGUGUAAUAUCUGUAAAUAUAAAUGUAUUACAAAAAGUAGUUUGAAAACACAUAUGAAAACACACACUUGAGCAGAACCUUUUUUGUGAGAGAUCUGGUAAAAUAUGUGCAAUAUUAUGUAAACGUGUUGUAUAUAAAUAUAAAAGUAUACUAG